CAUGUUCCAGAUUCUGCUUCGGUCCUACAUUUGCUUUAACAAGUGAAUCAUAUCAGAGAUUGCUAACGUCAUAAUCGCUACUAUAGAACUACUAUUGAACGUUUGUGUGUAGACAUACUAGUUUGGAAUACAAAUUUAUUAUAAUUCAGGUUUAUGGAUUUGCCAUUAAUCAUUGGAAUGGCAAUACUAGCAACCGUGCUUGGUGGGUACCUGGUUACCUCACUGAUUCUCUUCAAGUUCCCACAUUUGAUACAUAAGAAAAAGAAGCUGAAAUUCCGACCAGUACAUAUCAGUCAUAGAGGAGGUGCUGGAGAGAACUGUGAAAAUACCAUGAUGGCAUUUAAACAUGCGUUGAGUCAUGGUACACAGAUGUUAGAGAUUGACUGUCAUUUAACCAAGGAUGGAGAAGUUGUUGUGUCACAUGAUCAUCAUCUCCUCAAGAAGUGUGGAGCAGACUUUAAUAUAUCAGACUUAGAUCUCAAAAAUUUGCCGGAAUACAAGCCAGUAUUAUCAGUGGAUUUCAGACCAAGUUUCAAUAUUGAAUGUGGAGAGGAUAGAAAAAUACCUACCCUACGUGAAGUCUUUACAGCCUUCCCUGAAACACCAGUUAACAUUGAUGUUAAAGUUUAUAAUGAAGAACUUUUUCAUAAAGUACAUGAUUUAAUAAAAGAAUUCCAUAGAGAAGAUCUAACUAUAUGGGGAGGACGUCUCAGUGAAACAACAAAAGCUCUCAAUAAUCUGAAUCCGGACAUUCCUGUGUUUUUCUCGUUUCGCCGUGUGUUUACUUUGCUGUGUCUGUUUUACUCAGGGUUACUUCCCUUUGUACCAUUGUAUGAGUCAACUCUAGAGAUAAUCAUGCCAAGUAUAGCAUUCAAUAGCAGCAACAAAGGGGCAGAACUGUCAUGGAAGUUUAAGACAAUCCUUAGAAUAGCAGAUGUGUUAUUGAUGCGACCAGCUUUAUUUAAACACCUGGAUAAAAGAGGUAUACAGACCUACCUCUGGGUAUUAAAUGAAGAAGAUGAUUGGGGGAGAGCUUUCAAGUUAGGGGCUACUGGAGUAAUGACCGAUUUCCCAUCAAAGUUAGCCGAGUAUAUACGUAAGCAUCCCGAGCUAGGUAUGGGUGCUGCCAGUGAUAUUGAAAAUGUCGAAAAUCAACUUCUCUCAUCUAAACAGCCGGAAAUGGAGUAAACAGCAAUGUAGAACCACCAACAUGACUAAAAAUACUUAAGAAUGUUUGUGUUAAACAAGUGAGACCAGUAUUGAACAUGUUUAUUUACCCAGCUGAAAAAUGGCUUAACUUUUUUACUGUACAGUUUUUCCACUUUUAAUCAUUUUCAUUCAUGAAUUACAAUAUAGAAGGCCUCAAAUCAUGAUAUAACAAUGUGUUGUUAUUUAGGUACAGCCACUUUAAAUUUUGAUAGGCUGAUGCACAGAGUUAAAUGAUAAAUUAUAUAAAUCUGGUAUAAUAAUAAUAAUAAUAAUUUGUAAAAAUUACCUUUAUCAAAAACUUGAGAGAGGUUUUGAACUGAGAUAAGAACUACAAGAGUUUGUAACAGUGCAGUACUCAUAGCAAAAUCAAAGCAAUUUUAAGAUAUCAUAAUAUAUAAUGUUUUAAAUGAUGAACUGUGGGUUUUUAUAUUGAUGAUGAUCUUUAAAAUUUAUGAUCAGUCAGCAGUUAAGGUUGUAGUAUAGUGUGGUAAAGCUGCACGUGGCAAGCCACUGGCAAUAUUGUAAACGUUCUACUGUCACAGAUGAGAAGUUAGAAAAUUAGCAUUUUAAAGGUACAGUGAUGUUUAUACAAGAUGAUCUGAAGAGGUUGUUAGAAAGAACAAAGUUGAACUUCGCAGUUAACAGUUAUUGAAUUGGCUUGCCGGUCAAUAGUCAAAACUAUUGCCAAAGCUCCCAAAAGACUGAGGGGAUAUAGUUUUGACUAUUGACUAACAAUGCAUUCAGUAAGUGUUUUAUUGCAUGACAUUGAUCGAAAAAUAAAUUUUCAUAUUUCUUUUUCUUUAAAGUUUUGACUUCGACCCUUGAACUAUUGAAAGGUCAAUAGCACAGACUGUGGACUUACAAAUUAUAUAGAGAGUCAUGUAAUAGAAGGAGCUGUUGUUUGUGGAAUAGUCCUGAAUUUAUAAACUGUUCUGUUACAUUUUUUCUUGUUUUUAGUUAUCAUCAGGUUAUUAUUAGUGAUAAAUUGUGAUAUUGGUUUUUGUUUCUGUUUUUAUUUACAGUAUCUAUUUUGACAAAGGAUAUUAUACAUUUGUUUUUAAUUAUCACAGAAAUUACUGAUAAUAUGUUUUUAGGUUUCAAAGUCAUGUUUGAACUGCAUGAUAUACAAAUGUACUUUCAUUGUUGUUUUCUACAUCUAUUUUUGUAAACCUAAGAAACACCAAUCCUAAAAUUGUGUAUAAAAUAGCCAAAGUAUUUACAUAACAGAUGAUUUAUGUCAGAAUUGUUACCUUAUUUUGAGGCUCUUUUUGUACCAUAUUUUUUUAUUAAGGUACUGUAAAAGCACACAUUUUUGCUAGGUCAAAAUUUUGCGAAUUUGAAGUAUUGAGUGUGUUCGCAAGGUUAAAUAUUCUCAAAAUUGUAAAAAUGGUAUGCUACUUGAAUUUGAAUUAUACUAGUGGUAAAUAUUUACGCGAGAAUUGAUUUUUGUGACAUGUUGGGCCUCGCGAAUAGGGCCUCGCAAAUAUAGUGAAAAAUAAACCCUUGUGAACAUUUCUGCUUUUACAGUAAUGGACAGGUACUGACACUUGGCAAUUUCUGUGUGAAUAUUUAUUGUCGUUGGGCAAUUCAGAAUUCUUUGUUUGUAAAGGAGGUCAGUGUACACAUACCGUUUCAUUUAAAAACAGAAAAUGCGGAAAUUGCAUCAGAGAAUACAGGACAAAGUUGCAAUUAUUUUUUAUAAUCAUAAUUUUUUUUUUUCAAAUUAGUGGUAAGAUAUGUUAACUUAGUAGUGAAAAUUUUAGAAAGGCAAAAUGAGGCUUAUAUCUGCUGCAUUAAAUUGGCAGAAAUAUACAACUUGACAUCAAAGAUUUAUUUUCAUUAUAUACCUACAUAAAUUCUGUCAAAAAAUUGGCUUGUAUUUCACAAAUAUGAACAGGCAGAAAAAAAAUCCAUAUUGUACCUUUUAAAUUCCGUUUUGUACCUUCUGUAUUGUAUGCUGCCUGACUACUUUCAUUAAUAUGCAUGACCUGACACAGUUCUAUAAAUAGCCAACAUAAAAACUUCACUUAGUUCCAUUUUAAUAUUGAUAAACAUUGGAGAUUUUGUUCAAUAACAAAACACCAAACAAAAAGGUAGAGGUAUAUAAUAAAAGGGUCAUUAUAACAGUAGUUAGAUCUGGGAUUUUGUAUUUGGCUCUAGUGGAUUUUGCAAGGUUGGAUCACACUCGGCGCUUGUGCGCCUUGUAAGAUCCGAUCUGGCAAAAAUCCACACCAGCCGAAUACAGCAUCCCAGAUCGAGCUGUUGUUAUAAUAACCCUAUUAAAGUUUUUCUUAGCAAUUAUUUUAUGAUACUGUUUGAAUUGGUGUUUGCAAUGGAAAUUCAAGAAAAUGAAAGUAGGACUUUAAUGCUUAAAUGAUUUUAAGUUCGUGAAACAGAGUAAUCCCAAUCCGUGACUCUAGUUACCUUCCCUGACGGUAAUAUCAAACUGAAAUGAAAUGAUAAUUACGCAACUGGUUGGACUAGAAACAGAGCUGCUAGUGUGAUACGUGUUCAUAAAACAGCUAGUCAAUGAUCGUCAUUAAAGAUACAAGAUUAUUUGCAUUUUGAAUAGGAACUGUGUAAGAAAAAUCGUUAUUUCAUGCAUAUAAGAAUUUUUUUUUCGCACCAAAAUUGGUUUGACAGACAAUGCAAUAUUGUUUUCACAUUAUGUCAUAUAUAAACAUUUUCUAGUGUAAGCUUUAGGAGACUUCUUGCUUUAAUGUUGUAGUUAGUUGAUAUCUUGCUUUAAAAAUAACAGAUUUAAAUUUUAGAGGACAGUAAUAUGAUAUAUAAAUUUUUAGGCUUGACACAGGGAUCUUUGUAUAUGCAUGUACUACAUUUAGACUUGUAGCAUUCCAUAUUGAGAUAUAAAUGAGAAUGUGUUUUCACUGGCAUUAAAUUUCAUAGAUUUACGAAACCAGACAACCAAAGUAAAUAAGCCCCUUAUAAUUAUUAAUUUGAUUUCAGUGAAAAACAGCUAAGUUGGUAUCCAGUAUGGAAACUGAUUUGAAAUAUUGGAUUUGUGGUCUUAAAUUCUGCACUUCAGUCAAACAUUUCAUCAAAUAUUGGCCAAAAUUUACUAAUUAUGGUUUCUUAGCAUCUUUGUGUCAAACUGCUCUUGGGUUUAAAAAUAGAAACAGAGACAUAAAUGUUUUGGUAAAUUUUCAUGAAUAUGAAGAUUUCAUUUUUGUUUGUUAGAUUUUAAUCAAAAGAAUCACACAAAAGAUAUACUUUGUAUCAGUAGGCUUCUAUUUAAUUGAAACAAUUUUACUUCAAAUAAAUUAACCGCCAUUGCUUUUAGACAGAAAUCAAAUAAUUGACAAAAUGUCUACUUCUUCGAACCGUUUGAAAAUUGUCUUACCUUUAAUUUAUAAUGCGAGUAGUUGUAAUUGAUGUUAAAAUACAGUCGAACUUUGUUUUCUCAAACUUGAUUAAUUAAAAAUCCACCCUUCACUUGAACUUGUUGUCAGGCCCCAGCAAAUUCACUUUGUAAUGUCUAUUUUCGAUGACUCGAAUUACCAGUAACUCAAACCAAUUUGGUCGGUCCCAUCGAGUUUGAACAAAUGAAGUUCUGUUGUAUACUUGUAAUAUCUGUAAUUUUAGAAGACUUGUUGGGUGUCAAUCAAAAAUUUUGUUUACUGGUUGGGAUGAUAAACCUUGCACACUGAAAAAUUCAGUAUAUCAGUAUAACAAAUAUAUUUAAGAUAAACUAAAUUAUACCUUCUUUAUAUGGAGUGAUAAAAAUUUCAUCAAAAAUACUUUUUAAUAAAUUUAUGAAAGACUUAAGUUCGGUUUUCUUUAAAAGACACAGAAAGUCAAGGGGUUUAUGAUACCAUUUUAGCUUGUCUACAUGAAGUAUAUGGAGAGCUUAAUUUCACAUUCUAUUUUUGUAAUAGUUGAGCACACGACAGCUCUUGUUAAAGGAUGAUUUUUUCAUUCAAGAAAGUAAUUUAGAUGCUUCAUAUUCAAUGUCUGUCAGGGGGAUGUUGAUUCAACAAGAUUUGGGAUGUUUUUUCCAUUCUGAUGGCAAAUAUUCACAUAAAAUAGAUAUUUCUUUUCAGGAUUCUUUCGGACCCAUUUACAUGGCUUGUAAAUGGUGCCAAUCUUAUCGGUUUUGUUUAUAUGAAAUAAACGAUAUAAUCUUGCUUCUACAAAAAUUGCUGUUUAGUGCCUGUGUUUAUCAUUCCUACCGUUACAUGUGUUAAUUCAUUAAUUAUAUUUAAGUUUUGUUCAGAUUUUACUAUUAUUAAUGUUGACUUAUGUUAAUGCUUUAAAGUUUAAUUCUUUUAUUUUAUUUGUAGAAAUUUUUUAAAUAUAUUUGUAAAGAAAAUAUGAAGAAA